CUUUAACCAGUCCCAGGCUACUAGCGAACGCUCUUCCCCCAACUCGUCGAUCUCCUCUCCCCUCUCUCUCCUCUCUCCCAUCUAGGGUUGGCCGGUUAGGGUUUGUCCUUCUCGUCGAAUCCAAUCGAAGCUAAGCCCUCGCUCCUCCGAUCCCUUCUUCCUCAGGAGAGCGGAAAUGGAGGUCGAAAAGGGCGGGGGGGGCGGGAGCUCGCUGGUACCGGUCGUACCGCCGUUCUUGAGCAAGUGCUACGAGAUGGUGGACGACCGGCAGACGGACGGGACGGUGUCCUGGGGCGAGACCAACAACAGCUUCGUGAUCUGGGACCCGGCAUCAUUCUGCCGGGACCUCCUCCCCAAGUACUUCAAACACAGCAACCUCUCUAGCUUCGUCCGCCAGCUCAACACCUACGGUUUCCGAAAGGUCGAUCCUGAUAGAUAUGAGUUUGCAAAUGAGGGAUUUCUGAGGGGCCAGAAGGAUUUGCUGAAGACUAUUACAAGGAAGAAGCCUAUCCAUAAUUCUGCUCAACAGCAUCAGUCGGAAGGGAGAAAUUCAUCUGUAAAUGCAUGCGUUGAGGUUGGAAAAUUUGGGCCAAAGGAAGAAAUUGAAAUGCUUAAGAGGGACAAGAAUGUUCUCAUGCAGGAGCUGGUUAAACUCAGGCAGCAUCAGCAAAACACUGACCAUGAACUUCAUAUUUUGAGACAACGUAUACAAGGUAUGGAACAGCACCAGCAACAAAUGAUGUCUUUUCUGGCCAUGGUAGUCAAGAGUCCUGGAUUUUUGGCCCAGCUAAUGCAGCAGAGUGGGAAUACUAGGUGGACUGAGGCAAAUAAAAAAAGAAGGCUGCCUGCCCUGGAACAGGGUGUUGUUGGUGGUUCCCAGGCUUCAUCUGAUGGGCAGAUUAUCAGAUACCAGCCUUUUGUGCCGGAAACCUUGAGGCCAUCUAUGUCACCGGUACCAAAUGCCGAUGUGUCACCCAAUUUACAGCCCAUCUCUAAUGGAGUCAAUGAUUUGUGCACAAAUGUGGAUGUCAUGUCACUUGGGGCUAACUCUUUGCCACCAGUGGGGGAUCUUCCUCUGUCAGAAUAUUUUGAACAACUUUUAGCCAGCCCAAUAUCAGAGAAUGAUGGCCAGAUUGAGCCUUGGUCCCCAGAGGUUUCAGAUUUUAUGUGGGAUUAUGUUUUACCAGAACAAGAAUUUCAGAUGGAAACAUCACAAAACAUGGUUCUUUCGAGUGAACAGAUUGGAGGGAAUCAUCAAGCAUCUGCAAAAGAUGACAGGCAAAACAUUUCGUAAUAUGAAAGCGAGAUGACUGAAGAAGAUAUGGUAGAGGGAUUGAUAGUGCUCAUGUGCUGGUGGAUAAACUGGUUACCAUGGAAAGACAGAUGUUGGUGUAAGGCCAAAUAUGCAAAGCUUUUGACAUGUGUAUAAUUACAUAUGAUUAGACUUUGUUUGUCUUUUUUUUUUGAUGAUCUGUUUUUUGACAUACAUAUUCAUUAUAUGGUAAUAUUUAUCUGAGUAUUUUUUUCCUUAAAAAGUUGUUAUGUUGUUACAUGCCCUGUAUGUGUGGUAAUCAAUAACAUACCCCAUUUCACCAGUCUAGGGUAUUAAUGAAGAUUAUAUGCUACAAUAAGACCAUCACUAGACUAAUGUAGUUCUAGAGAUCCAGUACUAUAGAACUAAAAUUUUGUUGUAAAUGCACUAAGUCAUACUCAUGAUUUAUGGUUUUUUUUCCCACUUCUAAAUAGUAAUUAGUGAAACACAUGGAGAAAAUCAGACUUCUUAUUUGAAAAUUGUGGUGUAUUUAGUCAAUAGAAUCAGUAAAUUGUUCUUAUGGUCAGGUUUCAUAAAGCCAACCUCAAAUGGGGGGAAUAUGCCUCUUGAUUAUGGAUUUGGUUAUAUUAUGAGAGGGCUAUGCUUGUUAAAAGCCAUGCACAAACUUUUUCACUUGUAUCUAUCUUUGAGAUCAGAUGGAGUUAGUUUUGUGGCAUCUUCAUCUUUUAUUUGGACCUUCCAAGAAUGUGUUAUGUUGUAACAUUCUUACGACUUUGACAAUACAUACAAAUAAGGAUGAAGACACUGGCUGUUGAGCUAUAAAAUGGUAGAACUGUUACAGGGGUACUGCAUCUCCUCAAGGGACAAGGAAACUGUAACAUCCAAAAUGCGCCAAUAGGAUGUCUGAAGGAAUGUUUGCUGAUGAAUAUGACAUGAUUCUAGCCAGGGCCUUGUUGUCUUUUGAUUUUGAAACAGAAAAAAAAAAAAAAAAAAAAAAAUACGAGGCAUGAAACAUUUUUAGUAAAGACACUUUUUUUUUUAUAAACGUUGUUUUUGAAAUUUCUAAAAUUUUUGGAAGCAAAAAUUCUCUGCUUCUAAAAUCCUUGGAAUCUAAAACAACAGAAUAGGUUAUUCCACACCCCUCUUCCUCCCAUCCCUUCCCUUCUCUCCACCUCCUUCACUGUCAACACCACUUGACGCCGCCGCCGCCAUCAUGUCAACCUUCAUUGCUACCACCAUUACCACUAGUAUGGCAUACCGUCACAUUCCCUCCACCAUAACCAGUGCCCUCCACCAUCGUUCGCUACCACCACCACUUGCCACCACCACCACACCCAUUGUCUCCGCCAGUGUCAGUGUCACCACUGAUGUCACAAUCAUCAAACAUAUUCAUUUUGAUUCCUUAGUUCAAAAAUGAAAGCAAAUCUAGCUACCAUAUAUAUUCUAUUUCAAAAUGUUGAAAGCAAAACAAAAGCAAGCAAAACAAAGAGGCAUAUGCAAUAAAAUAUAAUCUGAAUCUGAACCAGCAUGCUUUAUCCCAUUGAUGUUUUUUUUUAUUAUAUUUGCCAUCCUAAUCAUUAUAAUCUAUUUCUAUCUCCUUUUUCUCUCUGUUUUUUCUCUUUAAACUCCCCAGAACUUGAUUUUUUCCCCUAGAUGUCAGUCUUCUCAUUUGAAACUCUCACUGAAAAUUUUGAACACCUUCUCGUUCAAGGCGACAUGCAACUAUGAUAAUCUGCAGUAUAUGUCAGCUUACGAUUGGGUGAAUAUAUAAUCUACAUAUUGGUGCAUUAUAGCAAGAGAACAAUUUAGUGAUAUGGACUUGGUAGAUCUGUUAGUGUAGGUCUAGUAAUAUUUUGGUGAAGCUUUGUCAGAUUAGAGAAAGUUGAAGAAAUCUUUGAGAAUUGGCCAGAGAAUUUAGUGAAAAAGAGGUUGACUCAAGAAGGAAAAAAUUGUCGGAUUAUUGAGUUUUGAGUUAUGAGGAUAAGACACUAAUGAAAAGAUAGUCAAGAAAAGGAAAUAUAAUUGGAAAAUGGGGGAUGGUGUUGUAUUUCAGAUUGAGGGUGAAAAGGAUUGGAAAAAUCAGGGUUUUAGGUUCCAUGAGAAUUAGAAAAGAGAUUUAUGAUAUAAUUAAGCAAAUUAAAUAUGUUGUGCAGAUAUUUAAUGUUUUUUGGUUUGGGGUGGGUUGCUUUUAAGAUAAGCCUUGACUGGACUUGGCCUAAAGAGUUAGAAAUUCAUUCACAGGCCUUCCUGUUAACAUGGUUUGUUGGGUGUCUCAUACCCAGGCUGAUGAUGGGGAAAUAUGGUUUUGGAAUCACGAAUGAAAGAAUUCACUCGAUAAGCAAAAUAAUAUUUACACACAUUAUGUAUGCCGGAGAUUUUUUUCAUGUUCGUGUGAAAACAGACUUAUUGCUUUUAAGAUUUUAGUUUUAGAAUUUGGGUCUGCAUGUUUGUGCAUGUUACUGAGAAGGGAGUCAUGCCUGACACUUUAAGGGGCUCUCUUGUUGUCUGUUAUUUUUUUAACAAAUAAUCAUAAAACUUGAUUCUCUGCAAAAACAGGUUUUAUGAAAAACAUGGGAAGACCCAUGUCUCACAAAGCUUUUUUUCAGGUUUCAUGACCUGCCACUUUUGAGCAAACAAAUUUUCUCUUGUAUGAAAAAAAUCCAGAGUAGUUUUUUUUUUGUAAAACUCAUUCAUUUAAGGUUUUGUAUAAACCUUUUUUAGUAAAACUCAUCAAAUAAAUGGCCCCUAAAGAAGUGUCCGUGUGAUUUUAUGGCUCCUGUAGGGGUGCCUUGGAGAUCGACAACAAACUUCUGUGCUGUGAAAUAUAUAAUGGAGCCAUUGAAGUGCAAUCUCCAUUCAAGUCACCUCAGCCAUAUUUUAUGCAAUGGAACUAAACACGCAAAAACCACAACCAAUUAUGUUUCUUGUUUACAAAUAGUUGGAAGCAAAACAACUAACUGGCUUUUUUCCAUGUUUGUAAAAACAGGAAAAUCGGCAAUGCGAACAAUGCACUCCUAAUUAAUGUGGAAGUUUCAAAGUCGCUCUGUAGAUUGCUGUUCCAACUAAAACUUAUCCAAUAUCCAUUUUUUCCCUAAAAAAUGUAUUUUUUUAGUUGAUUUGUUAAUAAGCUGUGCCAGUUAUCCUCAAUCCUCGUUAUAAACCUUUGGUGUGAUGAAUGUGUUCCAUCAUUGUAUUUUUUGCAACUGAUUCCCAUAUCUGGCCUGCGUUUGUUCACUGCAUUUAAUUAUUAUAGUAAAAAAGAGUAAUCUUAUAUUAUAGAAAAAAAGAAUAAUCUUAUGGGAGCCAUUAAGUGUUGCUAUAGAAGUGGCUUAUAUAGGCUUGGCUGUUGUUCUGUUUCCAAAAGUUUAUAUCAUGGAAUUUGAGUUAAAAUUGAUUAAAAGAUACAGCAGAUAAGAAAAAAAAACUAUUUAGAGAUAUGGAACGUACUGGCGCGUAUUUGUGUGCAUGUAAAAUUGCUAUUUAGAAGGUUCAUGUAUUUGGUUUGUGCAGAAGGGAACUAUGGAAGAGCGACCGGGUGUUGAAGUUUUCUAGUGAUUUAUUUGUUUGGAACUAUUUUGGUUUAUUGACCGCUUGCAUGUGCCUCUUUAGGCAGCAAGGAGAGUUAUUUAAUUAUUUUUCUUUUUUCUGUAAAUUCUGUUUCUUUUAUGUUUGAAGGAGAAAGAUAAUAUAAUUACUGCAUUUCUAUCAUUAUUUUUAGAAAGGUUUAAAGAGCCCUUCACGUGUUCAAUUGGACAGAUUGUGAAAGGAAAUGUUUUAAUUUUUUGUUUGUGAUAAUUGGGUUCCCUUUUAGGAAAGGUAGUGAUAAAACUGAGUCCAGAUGUCAGUUAGAUUGUUGUUAAAAGAGAAACAGGGAUGAGAAGGAUAUAGAUUAAGACUGCCACCAUAUUGUGUCCUUUUGCUUUGGACACUUCGAACCCUUGGAAUGUUUUUGUUACAUGUAACUGGCCUACCUCCAAUCCUGUCACUGUGCUGGUCCUUUUCCAAUGCUGCAGUUACAGUCACAUGUAAGAUGUAACUGAGCUUCUAAAGGCAACAUAAGUGCUGCAACCUGACCUAUGGUUGACCUAUAGCGAAAAGCAUUCUAAUUCAAGUUACAGUAGCUGACGGUAGUUGGUGGUAUUGACUAUAUCUACAAAUGAUUGUGAUCUGUUGCCGCCUUUCCAUUUUUAUUGCAGCUGCAGUUACUUAAUACCUUCAGUUGCUAGCAGCCAAGUGGGUGCAUAAUCAUUGCGUCCCUCUUCUCUCUCUUUGCAAACAGCUCCCAGGUUGCUAAGUUUCUUUCUAAUUGUCUCUCAAGUUUAAGGGAGUAUCUGAUCUAAGUCAUCAAAAACUACCUUUUUCUUUUUACAUGGCACAUUUGCUAUCCAUUCCUACCACUUUGGAGUAUCAGCGUUGAGAAAUAUUUUUAAGAAGAUUGAGUUAGAAAUUAGUGAUUAUAGUAAAUGGAGAGUUUAUUGUGUGCUGUGGAUGUAUGCUGCUUUGGAAGCUACACUUCUUGGACCAUUGGGCCUCACCAGUGUUUCACUCUUGUCGCUUCAUUGCCAAUUAACUUUUAUCACCUAGGUCCAGUUAAUUCUAGUCUGUGCUGUUUCUUAUUCUACAAGUUUGCAUUGGCAAAAUUAUUGUCCAAAGAUUCUCUGUGCAGUGCUGCUCUAAGCUUUCUUCUCCUUCAUAUAGUUGCCUAUAAUCUUCAAUAUAGCUUCUCCUUAUAAAGUCUAAUUAAUAUAAACCCAUAUUAAACUAAAAAGAACAUUUAGGAAUUGUUAUUAAUUGAUGACUUCAUUAAUGCCUAUCUAGAGGCUUGAGUAAGUUUCUAUUUUCAAAGACUGCAAUCUUUGUUUUAAAUUACUAUUUGGAAAGGAAAAUUUUGAAGUUAUGUUUGGAAAUCUAAGAUGUGCAGUUCAUAUUUCUUUAAUCAUAAAAUGUCGUAAAUGGCAUAUUGUCCACAUCAUGGGUAUUGUAAUUGUUUUAUUGGUUUGAUGUAUCAUACCUCAAGUUGUACUGCCUUUGCAGUACAUUUGUCAUAGCAUGCAUUUGUGCCUACCAUGACAUGCGAUGUAUAAUAGGGAUCCCUCAAUAUAGUAAGUAUAGAUAGAGUGCAUCACUCAAUAUUCUAAAUGCACUGACACAGAGGAAAUCAUAUUCAUUGAUGCAAUCAUUGUAUCAUGUAUUGAAGCUAAUGUCUUACAAUGCACUAAACAUGUGGUGGUAAGGCACUUUGAACUAGUCAUAUUAUACUAGGCAUAAAACAGGGCUGAAGUAUGAUGCUUUGAGUUAUGGUAAUCAUAUCAUAAGAUGUGUUAUCAUUUUUUGUGUUGCUGAUUUAUCAGAUAGUGGAUAUAUCAUGUCUUCUACUGCAUCAAUGGCAUAUUCUCUUCAUGAAUUGGUAUUGUUGUGUACCAAUGUGCUAUUCAUGUUGUCUGUUUUAGAUUGUGCGAUAUACUACUCCAUGUCUUGAAUAUGGUAUCUUGUGUAAUAAUGAUGUAGCACUGUCAAUUUAUGCUGUAGAAAAGUUUUAUUUCAAAAUGAUGUCUAAGUUUUUAGAUUCUUUUUAUUAAAGCAAGCUCCCUGCUCAUCACUAGGCCAUAUAUUGCUUGUGAAUUAUUUGCACAAAUUAUUUAAUUUAAUAUGCAUUUGGUCCUUUUAAAGGAGAGAAAAAAAAAGCAAGUUAGCCCGACAAGUUGGCAGGGUGAUAUGUGAAAAGACGUUUUACAGGUUAGUAUCAUGGAAAAACGAAAGGUAUAUGUUUUUAUACUCUUGUUGAGUGUAUCUGAAAUUCUUUAAAAAUUAUGUUUUGGUUUGUGAACUAACCAAGCUGAAUCUGGUUAUUGGCUAGCUAAGCUUAACUCAAGUUAAGCCUUCUUCAAACACAAAAUAUGAAGCUUGAGCCUUGAACCAGAAUGAAUAUCAGAGAUCUUAGUUGGACUGAUGUUGAGCUGUGUUGUUCAUUUUUAACUUGAUUAUAUAUUAGUUUGUAUUUAAUUCAUAUAACUUGUUAGCUUAAUUAGCAUAAAUUAUAUAUUAACAAAAAAAUUCAGAGCUUCAUAAAUAUAUAUUUAUUGAUGUAGCUUUGCCUUAGCUUUUAGCUUUGAACCUUUCAACUGAAAUGUGUGCUAUGGAAUUCUGGACAUGGGUAGUUUAUCAUAGAGCCCAAGCUAAGGAAAAAUCCUGAAUCCAAGUUUGGGUUUAACUUUCGGGUCUAAUAAGAAUAUGGUGGUGAUUUUUUUUGUGUAGGAAAUUGGAUCAAAAUCCAUGUCUUGUGAGAGUUGAGCACAUAAAUUUAUUUUUUAGUUGAUAACCUGUAAAUUGAAAUUUUAUAUCAUCAAGUAGUAUGGCAAGUGUUCUGUCGCUCGUAUAUCGAAUGAUUCUAAUUUGAAUUUUAUUACCAAUCCAUGCUGACUUGGCAAAAGUUGCAUUCAUCAUCAUUCUUACGUCCUGUUAAGAGACUAAGAGAGCUGAAAUGCAUGAUGCUGAUGAAAUUUUUGCACCUGCUCCUGGUUAGUUUGAUGAUAGAAGUGGUUUUCAGGUGCAUAGGUGACGACUUUUGCAGGUAGUGGGGCUCUAGAACCUUUGGACCAGGCAGAGGGAAACUUCUGAAGCACCAAAUCAUAGUUUAACAUGUAAUAAAUGUUCAGUGAAAGUUGAAUUUGUUAGGUAUCAUUAUCAUUGGGUGCUGGAAGGCGUCAAGUUAGUGCGUCAAGUUAGUGCCUGACGUGUAGUCGAUUGUUAUUGGAGGCUUAAUUACAAAUCAAGACCUGAUAUACACUCAUUUUCCAUUGAAAGCCAAAUUUGGUAUUCUCUGAUCAUAUGAGGUUGAAAUGCCCUCUUUGUUGAUUGUGUGAAGUGCCAAGUGGACUUUGGUACAUAAGAAUGAAAUUUUGCUCCUGGAAUCAACUGAGUUUACAUGAUCAAAAAGUUCAUUUUACAUUGUUAUUUAAUUGGUGGUGGUUCCCUUUUCUGUGAAGAAGCAGUUCUGAAUUUUCAGUUAGUUACUUCCCUGUAACGGUUGAAUAAUUUACUGCCUUAAAUAUUAAUGCAGCAAAUUAUAUUAUCUUAUCUACUGUCAACAUUUUACUUGGAGCAAACUUAUGAUUGAAUAACUUCCAUAUUCUCUAUCAAAAAAAAAACUUCCAUAUUUAAAUUGAAAAUCAUAGCGUCCAUAAAAUGCUCUAUGCAUGCUUCUGUUCUUGGUGUUAUUUGGCCAGAUAAUACUAAAUUUUUUUUUCAUGGUUUAGAGUUUUGUCAGAAGUGAAGGCUUGCAACAGCGUCAAUGCCGGUCCAGAGCCCAGAUGAGAAAGGUGGAGGGUUGACGCUGACAGAUGCUUUCAACUGAAAUGUAAUCCAUGAUAAACAUGAUGAAUGCCAACUCCUGCGACAACGUACGCAAGGAGCCUGCAGGGUCCAAGCAUUCUACCUCACAAAGCUGCUGUAUCACAUCUGACCGGUUAUUGGUGAAAAAACUGAGUUCAAGAAAUAACAAGAGCAGUCAGAGUAUGAAACCUCGUAUAAAGAAAAACUUAUUCAGAUGCUUUCUUUUUGUUAGUUUUAAAUUUUUCUGUAGAGUUGGGGUUGUGUUAUAUCUUCACAUCCAAAUUCUAUACCUUCCAAUUCUUUCUCCACCAUUUAAUUAAUUUAUUGAUAUUUUCGGUA